AUGGAGUCAGACUUCUCACGAACCGUCACUGAAGAACUCAACUGCUCUAUCUGCCUGAGCUACCUUAUAGACCCAGUCACCAUAAACUGUGGCCACAGCUUCUGUCGAGUCUGCCUCCACCUUUUCUGGGAAGACCGUCUCCUUCCAGGCCAUUGUCCUACAUGUAGGAAACGAACCAAGCGGAAGGACUUCAGAACCAACAUUGUUCUGAAGAAGCUGGUGUCCAUCGCCAAACAAGCCAGCCUCAAGAAGUACCUGAUUUCGGAGGAGAAUAAGUGUGUGAUCCACAAGGAGACCAAGGGGAUCUUCUGUAUGGAGACCAGGAUCUACCUCUGUCAGCUCUGCUCUGACUCCCUCAUACACAGAGGUCACAGACACUCUUCCAUUGAAGCAGCUGCUGAGGGUGAAAUGAACUUCCUGGUUAUGAGGGAAGACAUGAUCAGGACGGAGUAUAGGAAAUGGUGUUCAGUCCCACAUGAACAGGAAGAUCAACAUAUUGUGUGCAUGAAAAAUGAAGGCGAUUGUGUUUUAGAGAAACUCGGAGAAAGUGAAGCCAUGAUGAUCCAAAAGAGCAAACAACUAAGAGAAAUGUUUCAGGAACUCAUGGCGAUGUCCCAGGAGCCAUAUGUGGUACUACUCCAGAAUGUGGAUAUUAUAUUGAGAAGGAGUGAGGCAGUGGAGCUGAGUAUACCCCAAGCUAUGAAACCAGAACUCUCUGCCCUCCCCAUUACUGGACUGACUGAAAGUUUUAACCACUUUAAAGUGCACAUUUCCUUUGAAAAAUUAUUUUUAUUGAAUUUUAAGAAGAACCUAUUUAAUGUCAUGAGAAGAGCCGGCUUCAAACUUCACCAUCAGUAUACAUCUGUGCAUCCUGUUGGAUGCUAUUUGGCCUCCUGGGGAUCACAGAACUUCAUCUCAGGGAAAUAUUACUGGGAACUGGAUUUGAAGGACUCUAGUGACUGGGCUGUAGGAGUCUGUACCAAUUCCUGGUUAAUGAAUAGAAACAGAGAAGUUGAAACUGAGGGUGCAUUUCUUCUUUUCUGUGUGAAGGAGGGUAAUCAUUACAGUCUCCUCACCACAAACCCAGUAAUCCAUCACUAUAUAGAGAAGCCACUGGACAAGAUUGGUGUGUUCCUUGAUUGUGAGGCUGGAUAUUUAAGUUUCCUGAAUAUUGCCAAGAGUUCCCUCAUAUACAGAUAUCCUCAUAAUACUUUUAAGUACCGUGUCUGGCCUUUCUUCUCCUAUGGUCACAUAAUACCAUAG